UUUGAAGACGUUUUUUUGUUAUUCGGAUGUUAUAUAAACAGAGCAUUUAAACAAUUAAGCAACGAUGUGGGAUAUAUCAUUUUCCUAAUUGUGUCGAGAAGGUUUGCUCCAUUUAAAGGGAUUAAUAGUGUGUUUUACAUAAGAAUAGUAUACAUGAAGUCGAAUCAGGGUUGUCUAUAGAAAUGCCUUACAAAAACACUGAAAAACGGAAGGAGAAAUCCCGAGAUGCAGCCCGGUGUCGUCGGAGUAAAGAAACAGAGGUAUAUUGUGAUUUAUCGCAGAAUCUGCCGUUACCAGCGAGUAUUACAAGCCAAUUGGAUAAAGCGUCUAUCAUGAGAUUAUCAAUCAGUUAUUUAAACGUGUGUAAUAUUCUGGAUUUAAAACAACAACGCAAAGAUGAAGUGGAUUCAGAGCAAGAAAAGAAAAUGGAUGCUCUGUGUUCAAAGGCUCUGGAAGGGUUCCUCUUCAUCUUAUCUAAAGAUGGAGACAUUGUUUAUGUGUCGGAUACUGUGGCCAAAUAUCUGGGCAUACAGCAGAUUGAACUAACAGGUCAGAGUAUAUACGAGUUUGCCCACCCCUGUGAUCACGAUGAGAUUAAGGAUAUAAUGUCCGUCAAACCCAACAACUCGAAAGAUCAAUUUUCGGACGAGAGAAUCUUCUUUAUCAGGAUGAAGUGUACUCUUACAAGCAAGGGUCGAAACGUUAAUCUGAAAUCAGCCAGUUAUAAGGUAUUGAAGUGUACUGGCCGUUUGGUGACCCAGGAUAGCCAUAGAGAGGUGAAAAACGGUCGAACCGAUUCAGCUAAAGUUUAUCCGUAUCUUACAGCUAUCGGAGAAACAAUCCCUCAUCCGGCCAAUAUUGAAGUUCCUCUCGAUGGUAACACAUUUCUCACCAAACAUGACAUGGAUAUGCAUUUUACAUACUGCGAUGACAGGGUACAAGAUCUGGUUGGAUAUGAAAGCAACGAGCUGGUUGGUCAGUCUAUGUAUAAUUAUCAUCAUGCCCUGGACAGCCAUGUUGUUGAGAAAGCUUUUAAAGAUUUAUUUGCCAAAGGUCAGACGAUGACAGGCCAGUACAGAUUUUUGGCCAAGAAAGGAGGUUAUGUGUGGGUCGUUACCCAGGGAACCAUCAUCUACAAUAAUCGUACACAGAAACCUCAAUGGGUUGUCUGUGUUCACUAUGUUCUCAGUAAAGUUGAGAACAAAGAAGCCAUUCUAUCUGAAGUUCAGUUACCUACAGCAGAUGACCUCCUUGAACCCUUUCGAUUUGAGCUCAGCACAGAUAAGAUUUUUGCUCCUAAGACUAAAGAUAUGGAACAGCCAUUUUUUGUCCCUCCUAAUAUGAAGAAGACUCUUGAUAUGAAUGAACCAGAAGAUUUGACCCAUCUGGCCCCAACAGCAGGAGAAGGGUGUAUUCCUCUUAAUUUCCCCUCGUGUUCUCUCGGAGGAUCAAAUUCCAGUUUAUAUGAGGGUGAUAAUAUGCCACUGAUGAAGGAUGUACCAUUUUGUGGUACUUUCAAAGAGGAACCAGACACUGUGCAGAGAUCAAUUUGCCGUCAAAAACAGAAUUAUAUCUCCAGCAAUAACGCUUCACCUAUGUCACUUUCACCUAGGAUUGGAAGUCCAGAAGAUUAUAAAACAAUGGCUAGUCCAACAUCAGUCGAUAUUAUGGAGAGAUUUUUUUCCAGUAUGGAUACGAAACAAACCUUCCAAACGAAACGCAGACCUAAAAAGCCAGAGUCUGAAAUGCUUCAAAGAGCACCAUUUAUACCAAUGAACUCCGAGGAAGAUUUUAGUCUAGUUCCACCAUCAACAUCAGAUCUUUUCACCCUACAUAAUGAUUUUAAUCCUGGAUUAUUUGGAAGAACUGAAAGUGUCUUUAUGCCGAAAGAAGCGAUAUUUGAAGUGCCUCCACAGCCUCGAGUUAGACAGAACUUUCGCGACAUGAUGGGAGAGAGCACAAGCAUGGCCAGCAUGGAACAGCCUCCGAGUACCCGCCCAAUGCAGGUCAAACGGCCACAUGAUAUGACAAGCCUGGAGAAAGGUCCACCACGUGUGAAGAGGAUACGCACUGAUCAACCUGUGGAGUUAAACGCUUCACCAUUGUUAGGUCAGUUUGAACAUAUGUGGAUGAAUGGUAACAGUCGAGAUAGUGUAUUAUUAAACUUACUACUGACUGGUGAAGAUCGUAGCCAUGGAUAUAAGGUCAAAUCACCAUUCAUGAAUUUUAAUGAUGGGAGUGGUAGAGGUCGUGAUUCAAUCAGAUCAGGAGGGCAUAACCAAAUAUUAACAUCAUCACAGUGUCUAUCGUACCUACUGCCUGGUCUAACACAACAAGACUAUGAGGUCAACGCACCAAUACAAAAUUCAAAUUUAUUACAGGGAGCCGAUUUAUUACGUGCGUUAGACGUUGAUGUACCAGGCUAUAAGAUUAGACCUUCAAUACCCAAUAAAAAUUAACAGAUUGUUCAUACCGCAUGUUUUGUUUUGUUCUGCCAUUUUAUUUUAGACAUAUAUAUAUAUAUAUGUAUGUAUAUAUAUAUAUCUCAAGUUGUUGAUGUAGCCAUAUAAGGAGAUUUUUAAUUAGACAAAGGGAAUGUAUUGUUUAAAUUAGCACAAAAUAUCUGGGUCUCGGUUUCCUAGAUAAAACAAGUCCAUAUUGGUUGGUAUCAAACUUUUUUGGGAUUUAAUUAAAAGAAAUGAUUUUCUGUUUUUACAUCAUGAAUAAAAUUAAUUAUUUCAAAAAUUGGGUUUGAAUUUGGACUUGAUUUUUUUCUAGGAAACAUUUUUCACUUUCAUAAAGCAUUUCAGCUCAUAAUCAUCUCUGGCAUUUUCGAGUAAGAAUUCCAUGGAAAUAAUGAUCCUAGUUGUAUAUAAGUGACAAUAUCUUUGUAUCGGACAAUGGACAUGUAUUAACGAAGUCAAUAAAAAUAUCAAAGGGAGGUAAAUUUGUGUUCGACAAAAUGACAGAAAGCAGUGAAAUUGUGAGUGACGUUGUCAAUCAGUGGUAGGUGGUUUGUUUCCAAGCUUGUUCUUACUAAUAUUCCAUUUAUCAUCUGUAAUAAAACCAGUACUUUGGACCAGGAAGAUAACAUGACAUCAUCGCAGCCAUCUUGAAAUUGUGAUGUCAUAUCAAAACUUGAAGUCUGUCAAUCGAUGCCAAGUUUCUAAUAAAUUUGUGGAGCCUUAGGCUUUUUUCGAAGAGUGACGACCCCAAGAAUAAACACAAGAAUAACAAAUACUUGGGGCUCAGUUUCUCAUCCCCAAAUUAUCAUGCAAACAUAAUCUCGCAAACAUAGUUAUGAAAUUUUGGGAAGUAACAUCCAUGCCCAGUUAGUUUCAUAUAAUGACUACCCGGUACCCGAUAUAUUUAUCAUGUAAAUUAGUUGUAUUUUGGAUUUGCUGAAUAUAUUCAGAAAUUGUAUGUUAAUUAUUUAAGUAUGUAUUUUGAAUUUUGGUAUGAUGAGGUUUUACUUGGUGUGUGAACAUUGGCAGUCAUAUUCUUUCCCUCAUCAUAAUAGUAAGAAGAUGACAAUGCUUUCAUUUCGUGAACACAUUAUGCAAGAUAUUUUUACUUUCAGGUGCUAUAGUUCCUAUAAAAUUUUGCCCAUAUUUCAAGGUGCAAAUUUUAAAAGAUCAUAUUGUCCCCCGCCUUUCGAAGAAAGCAGGGGACUAUUAAAAUGGGUUCGUCCGUCUGUCUGUCUGUCCGUCUGUCUGUCCGUCACACUUUUUGGGACACAAUAACUCUCUUCCUAAUUGAGCUAGAAUGUUCAAACUUGGUGUAUGUGUUUAUUAGGUCAAUGCCUUGAUGGAGUUCGAAGAUGAGCAUUUUCCACUUAGGGUAAGCAGAGAUAAGCAAUUUGAUUGGUUGAUGCUUUGGGGCACGAUAACUCUCUUCCUAAUUGAGCUAGAAUGUUCAAACUUGGUGUAUGUGUUGAUUAGGUCAAUGCCUUGAUGGAGUUCGAAGAUGAGCAUUUUCCACUUAGGGUAAGCAGAGAUAAGCAAUUUGAUUGGUUGAUGCUUUGGGACACGAUAACUUUAGUUCUAAUUAAGUGAGAUUGAUGAAACUUGGUGUAUAGUUUCAUUACAGUAAUACCUUGACUAAGUUUGAUAAUGAGCAUUUUCUGCUCAGGGUAAGCAGAGCGAUACGCAAUUUGAUUUUUAUAUGUGUCCUCUAAUUAUUUUCCUAUUUCGGCGGGGGACAUCAGCCUCACUGUUGGCUUGUUCAUUCUUUAUAACAAACCAAGAAUAAAACAUGAAUUUUUCCCUAAAAUUGCUGAAUGUUGCCCAAAAUUUUUCUUUGUUCUUCUAAAGCUGCGUAUUUAAAAUAUUAAAUAACUUUAACCAAUAACAUGUGAAUGUGAAUCUCUGGAUAAUUGAUUUGUAUUGUUAUUUUCUUAUUUUUAUGAAGAUCGAAAAUCAACAACUAAAUGCAUCUACCAUUAUUUUUAAUUUUUUAAUUUUUCAAUUUUAAAAAAAUAUCAUUGAAUGAUGAUUAUUUAGUUCACAUGAAUUUUGUGUGGUUUCAUUUACCAUAUUUAUUUGGAUUCAUUCAAUGGAAUUUCAGAGUAAAAAAAAAGCUAUAUUUUUCGAUUUGGGUUAGCAGUGUUAUUUUAGAAAGUUUGAAUUAGAAAUUUCCCUUUUAAAUAUAUUUGAACUUGAUAUAUUUUCUUCUAGGCAGCAUGCAUGUACGUACAAUAAAUUAAGUCCAUUUUCGUAGAGCAUUUAGCCAUUUACAACUUGAAAAAUAAUAGUACUAUGAAUUUAGUAAGAAUACUUGAUUUUGUUACUUUUAAGUUUAUAAAAAUCACAAAGAAAAAUAAUAUUACUAUGAAUUUAGUAAGAAUAUUUCAUUUUGUUUACUUUUAAGUUUACAAAAAUCACACAAACAAAAAUGGAACAAUUCUAUAGUCUUGAUGGUCUGAUUUCAAUGUUUAUUUUUCUAUUACAGUUUUAUGUAAAACAAAUUAUAGACAUUGAAAAAAAACAUUUUGUAAUUCAUGGCACACAUGAAAAUCUGCCAAUCAUGUGCGCUGAGUGUAAUUACGCUAGGAUAUCCUUUUUUCUGUUCAUGCUAGCACCUUGCCAGGUGUUAAUUAUAUAUACAUAUAAUUUUGGAUAUGAUUUGAAGUUGUUGUAAUUCAGUAUAUUAAUUCUUUUUUUUUUUGUAAAUAAAAAAUGUACUGUUUUGUAUUUGUAGUACCAGUACAUUGUGUAUGGUUUAUGUAUCUUCCAGGCAGGCAGUACAUAACAUUAAUAACUUUUUAAAUUUAAGUUUAAUUCUUAUUCAAUCGGAUUAAAAAAAGAUCUACAAUUAGUUUAGAAUUUCAAGGUCAAAUGUCUAAGGAGUUGGAGUCCUAACUGUUGAACCCUCAUUCAAUAGAUUAAAAGGAACAUAUAAUAAAAAGUAUAUAUCUCGUUGAUACUCUCAAACAAAACUGAAAGCUGAAAGUAAAUUAAGAUCUGUCUUAAUCCGUUUGACCUUUAUUGUUAUUUAAUCAAUUUUAACUAUGUAAUGAUUAAAGGAAAUAUCGCAAUAAGUAAAUAAAUUGAUAUAUUUAUAAAUAAACAUUGUUUUUGUUGAUUUAAUAAUAAUUGUGUACUGCCUAGCUUUUUUAGCACAAAUUUAAGAGUAUUUUACCCUCGACAUUUUCUUUUCGUUUGAUUUUGUGAUAAAAGUUUGUUAUUUUCUGAUGUGGUUUUUGGUUCAAAUGAAAAGAAGUCCCAGAGAUUUGGUAAAAAAAUAUCUUGUUGGUUAAUUGAUAAAGUACAUGUACAGCUACUAUACAGAAACUUGCAUUUUACAUGCCACAAAUACUGUGGAUAAUCUGUCGAUCCCUAGAGAUUUUCUGUAUUAAAUAUUGUCUGUUAAAAUUGAGCUAAAUGACAGUAGCUCAAUGACGGAAUAGGCACUCUUGUGAUAAUGCACAUAUCUAUAAAAAUGUUAAAAGAUAC